AUGGCCGCGCCUCCGGAAGUGACCAACAAGAAUCUCACCGGAAAAUAUAUUAUGAACAAAUCACUGAGCGACGACGGCGACGAUGUCCUUAAGCUCCAGGGCCUAUCUUGGUUUAAGCGGCGUGCCAUCUCGAUGUUUACAUUGACGCUUGGCGUCAAGCAUUAUACAGACGAGGCCGGCGAGCACAUAGACGUCGAGCAGACUCUGUCUGGCGGUAUCAAGGGCUCAAAUGAAGAUCGCAUCCUUGAUUGGGAGGAACGUGGCGAUAUCGAUGAUGUUUUCGGUGCUGUGAUCGGCAAAUCAAAGAAAGUCAAAGUUGAGGAGGUGGAGGAUGAAUUCUUGAAAUCUGGCUGGACGGAAGAUGCGGCAGCUGAAGACGGGUUGAUUCUUGCUGUAGACUGGAGCGAUACUUCAAAAACUGGCAUGGAGUGGAAGGCAGAGAUGACAUGGGGGUUUGAAAUAUUGAAUGGCGAGAGGAGGCAUGCAAGACAUUUGAAAUUUACAUCAUCAAAUAAAAAGGAUGGUCCCAUCCUCAAACGCUUUUAUUACGAUUACAUCGGACCUUUAUGA